AGGGAGAUUUGGGCUAAAUGUCUUUCCUCCGAACUCCUUGCUAUCUCCCUCGUUCGGUUUCUCACGUGCUCGUCGGUCGGUUUACGUUAUGCUCUCCAGAAGUCAGAGCAGAGAAACAUUACUGCUGGAGACAGACGAGGAGAGAGAGACAGACGAGGAGAGACAGAGAGAGAGUCGAGCUCUGUGCUGCUGCUUGCUUUCGUCAGAAUGAGGGAAAUUAUGGUGUUUCCAUGUACAGGACCAGUGAAGACAGAUCCCACAUUUCUGACUCGAUAAAACUCACUCAGGACAGAAUGAACCCAGACUCCCUGGACUCAUCCAUCCAGAGCUCUCUCUCUGCUCUCUACCCUCCAUUUGAGGCCACAGCUCCUGCCAUCCUCAGCCAACUAUUACAUGUCAUUGAUGGUCGUUAUGGCGGCAAUUCCCUUCAGUGCCUAAUUGACUUCCUGAUCCCAGCCAGGCGAGUCCUGGAGAGGGUGCGCCAGGCGGCUUGUGUGCCAUAUUCAGACUUGGUGUUCCAUUGUUCGGGCUGGCCUCUGUGCCUGUAUGACCACAUUGUAAUCCAUCUCGCUCCCAUCAACCCACUACUGCUCUCGUUUGAAGACUUUUACCUACAGGUGGUGCCGUUUGAGAAGCAAACGGCCCGUAUUGUGGUUCGGAGCCUGUUGGAAGAGGAUCAGCAUGAUUUGGAGGAAACUCCAGUGCCAGAGAACUCAUUUAGCCAUAUUUUCUCCCAGGACUGGCUAAAAGAACUCAACGUAGGCAGGCAUGGAAGGCUGCUCAGUCACUGUGUGCUGGCUACUGAGCAGUGCAUAGUGAAGGUACCUUGGGAUCAAGUGGCCUACCCAGAGUUUGAGGAUCAGCCACAAUACAUGGAUUCUUCUGGUACCUAUAAUCAAAAGGAGUCUUCGAAAGGACCUUCCUGGCAGGGUUAUUCGGUUGAGACCAGGAUAUUUCCUGCGAAGGAUGGUAUUGCAGUGUCUUUGUGCUUGGUAGACAGCUCCAGACAGAGUGAGAUGAAUCAAGCCAUGCCUGAGAUGAAGCCACUUGGCUGGGUGUCUCCUAAUACCUGGGACAGUCGCAGUAAAGGAUGUUUUGUGGAUGAGUAUGUAAAUGAUGUGGAUCUUACCAAAGGAAAGGUUGAUUUAGGAGACUCUCAGACAUGCGCUCAAGCUAAAACUUGUCUGCUAAGGACGCAUAGGGUCACGGCUCCUAUUGGCCACGAUCAUACUGCCCAUGAUCGCCCCACCUGUGGACGUACUGUAAGGUUUGCAGAGCAGCCUUGCACUCCUUGCCUGAGGAGGAAGCAUGGACAGGGGACCAAGAACCAAGAAUGCCGAUACAAGGAGUAUUGCAGGGAAGAACAAUGUUCUGUUAGAGUUGAAAACAGGCAAAAAGAACCAAUUCUCUCUGAGAGAACAGCGAGGAUGGAGCAUCUCCACAGACCAGUUCAGAAACAGUUUCCACAGAUUCAGUCUAUAAAUAAUAACUCCAAUGAAAAUCAUAGAAAAGUUCCUGAUAAUUUUCAGGGUAUCUUUGCAGACUUGACAGAACUGAACGAAGGAACCAUCACCUGUAUCACCCCGACUGUGGUUGAAACAGAAUCAGAGAAGUGUCACAUUGUUGUCCAAGGAUAUCCCAGUGAGGGAAAAACAAACGGCAAAACCGAAAUGAUCCCAAAAUUACAUGUAGCUCAUGGAAAAAAGACCACUACUUGUGGACUUGUUUCUCCAAAGUUAAACAGACGAAAGCCACCUAUGAAAGAAGAAGCUCAAGACCAUAAAAAUCUUCCCCUUCUUGCUAAGGGACUUUGCACAAAAAAAACGGUAUCCUCAUUAAACUGCACUGAUCUAAAAAAGCCUGGAAUGACAUCACCAUUCCCAGCUCCAUCGAAACCAGAGACCAGCCUUCUGCAAGCAGGACUUUCGUGCCUCACAGGUGGCAGAGAUCGAUCAAACAGAGUAGUAGUGGAGGUUUAUGGUGAUCACCAACACUGGGGGUCUCCUCUGCUGUCCAUCUCAGCACUCUCUAAUCUUCUGCUUUAUUUCCACACCAUCAUUAGGAAGGAGGAAAAAGAGUUUGGAAUGACGAUUGUGUACGACAGCCGCAAGAUACCGCCACACUCAGAAUUCUUUGAAGCUCUGCAGAUGGUGCAAGAGCUGGAUCCAAAAGCUAUCCACUCUGUACUACUGUUGAUCAGUAAGGAGAAAAAUUACCACCCCGGGACAUACCCUGGAGACAUGGAGGUUGUGACAUCCCUCAAAGGUCUUCACAGAUAUAUAGAGUACAGCCAGCUGAGCCCGACCUUGGAAGGCACUUUUCUUUACAGUCACAGAAACUGGCUGCACCUCCAUCAAGAACUGUAUCCAUUUGUGUUGGCUCUGACGGAAGCAACUAAUUUGCUUCUAGAAGCCAUAGGGAAGUUAGAAGUUGUCCAUAAAAGAGACACUGUUCAGGAUGUACAGCAAUGCAUUAAUGACCAAAGAGAUCUAAUGAAGGAUGUCCUUGAAGACACCCAAUUGGUUACCUUACAAAGGGAAGGCGGAGCCUUGUUGGCCAGGUUGAGAUCGGAGAGCGAUGUAGGAGCAGCACACUACGAGGCGAGCUGUAAGGUCAUGGACACUGUGGAUUCCCUUUACAAUGAGGUAGAGGAGCACGUCCAUGUGCUGGUGAGAAGGUCCAACAUGUCAUUCCAACACCUUGGCUUCUUGCUACAGCUCAGGAAGAUGGAGUCAAGAUUUCUGGAGAUAAAGGACUGGUUUGAUGUUGAGGGAGAGAGACGAAUACUUGAGGCUGAAUCUGCAGAGGAACCAUGCAGGAGCUUUGAAGAGAUUCUCCAAUGCUUAAGCAUUGUCCUCGCUGAAGCUAAUGAACACAAGCUUCAGGCAAUGAUGUUACUAAAUGAAGCAGAAAGCAUCCAGGGACCAAACUAUCCUGAGUCAGAAGUGUUCCACAUAAUGAUAUCUACAUUCAAAUCCAACUUGUCUGAAUUCUUAUCUCAAACAGAGCAGUACUGUGAUGAGAUGGACACUAUGCUAAAUUUGUGCCACUUCUGUGAGAGGGCAACUGAGGUGGCUGUAGGUUGCUCUCAGCAGUUGGAACAAGAAAGACUGCAGUGCAUGAAUCAUCAAGAGAAAUGGGUUGCUCUUCAGGGAUGCCAUGAAAAGCUGAGCCAGUUUUCCCCAGAACUCUUCCAGGAGGCAAAGACCCAGGCCUGCUUUCUGCAUAACCCCUGGGGGCUGAAGGUGUGGAACAUGACUUGGCUAAGGUGUCAGGAGGUCAGUCAGCAGCUGGAGGACACCCUGCAGGAGUUGGAGCAAGACCAACGUCCUUCAGUACCUGUAUCUUUACAGUAUGAAUGGCAUGGUAAUGCAGGACAGGAGAGCACUGAUGGAGGGCCAAUGCUUCCACAGCCUGACACACAGCAGAAGCCACUUGAAUGCCCAGAUGUCAAGGCCAGGCAGAACCGUGACAGCAUCAAUGGCACGGUGACCUGCUUCAACAUCAGUUUCAGGCAAUCCCGUAAAGGACGUAAAGGGUCCAAAAUGACUCCAGUUGCAGAUACUGACCAGACCUCACCCAGAAAAACAACUCAUGACCACAUCCAGACAACAGUUGCAGGCUCAGACACAGUUGGUUGCCAGUGGUUCAAUUGGCACCACAACUCAAAUAAAUACACUAAGGAGGACUCUUCUUCAGCCUCCAGUUCCUCCAAGAUUCAGAUCUUACCAUCUACCUUCACUGAAUCUAAAGCUUCACCACCCAUCUGCUCCACUUCCCAAAUCUCAGGACCUACCUGCUCUGGAACUCAGACCUCGGUGCUGCAAAACCCGGUACCACUUUCUGAUAGCUUCUUUUUGGAAACUUUGGGCUGUGAGGCAAGGCACUCUGAAAAUACCUCCCACUCUGAAGAGACUGCUAGUUGGAGGAAUGACGCAACAAACACCCUGUCAAGUCGUGGCAUGGAAAGCAACACUAUGAAGCAGCAAUGUAUCCUGGAGGAAUUGUUACUGACAGAGCUGGAGUAUGUAAGAUCUCUGGGUUACAUCCUGACUCAUUACCUCCCCCUGCUGGCACGGCCAGACGUGCCUCCAGACCUGAGAGGCCAACGUGGAAGGAUCUUUGGGAACCUAGAGAAACUAUAUGACUUCCAUCGCCAUUACUUCCUGCAGGAGCUUGAGGCUUGCCGGGCAGAACCACUUCGGGUGGGCCGCUGCUUCCUCAGACAUAGAGAGAAUUUCGGGCUGUAUGCUCUCUACAGCAAGAACAAGCCUCAGUCAGACGCUCUGAUCCAACAGCAUAAGUUCUUCAAGUGUAAGCAGCUGGAGCUGGGAGACAGCAUGGAUCUAUCCUCCUACCUGCUGAAGCCAGUACAGAGGAUCAGUAAGUAUAGUCUGCUGCUGCAGGAGAUGCUGGAGGAAUGUGGAGCAGCAAAUAACGCAGAGCACCUGGAGAUCCAGGGUGCUGCUGAGGUGGUCCGAUUCCAGCUACGCCAUGGAAAUGACCUGCUCACCAUGGACGCCAUCCAGGACUGUGACGUGAACUUGCAGGAACAAGGCCAGUUAAUUCGGCAAGACGAGCUCUAUGUGAUGUUUCGCAAGAAGCGUGCACUGCGGCGAGUGUUUCUGUUCCAGGACCUUAUUCUCUUCACCAAGACAAAGAAAACGCACUGUGGAGAUGACGUGUAUGUCUACAAACAGUCUUUCAAGACUUGUGACAUUGGACUAACCCAGAACUGUGGACAAACUGGCUUGUGCUUUGAGAUCUGGUUCAGAAGACGAAGAGCCCAGGACACGUAUACGCUUCAGGCAGAGAGACAGGACAUGAAAGAGGCGUGGACUGCAGACCUGGAGCGCAUUCUGUGGGAACAGGCCCUGAAGAACAGAGAGUUGCGGAGACAGGAGCAGGUGUUUAUGGGAAUGGGUAGUAAACCUUUCAUGAAGAUUCAACCUAGUGAAGCAGCUGUCCAUGACCGAACCAUCACCUGCUUCCUGCAAGAAGGAGAGCUCGAAGGAUUAAAAUCGCCAAAUCGCACCGCACCCAAACUUCAGAGUGAAGCACAGCUGCCAAGGCCAGAAUCGAUCGGCUCAACUUCAGGCAGCCAAUCGUCUUCUUCCUCUGGACGAGGAUCUUUGUCCCCUAGCGGUUUCCGUGAAAACCAGGCGCAUGAAAACAGCCACAGAGCUCAAAUACCUCAGAUCAGCCAUCAGAACAAUAGACAUGUGAGCACAGAGUCUCCUGGUCGAUUCGGAUCACGUGAGGGUGGUACCUCGGGUUCCUGCAGUGCUACAGGAGGGAGGUUUACGGUGCCUGCUGGUACCCAGCUGCAGCACACGUUACCUGCUCUAUCCAGAAAACAAGGCCUCAGUAGCACCGCACAUAAAAUACAUGCCUCAUAUUUUACAGAAGGUUAGAGAAUGGGAUUUGCUCAUUGCUUACCGAUGCUGGUAUGGGGUUUUUUUUUUGUUUUUUUUUUAAACAAACUAUAUUACAUACAACUUCCAUACAGGAUGCCUGUUCCAGUAAUUCACUUCUUCACUAGGAACCAAAAACCACCAAAUCUUUCUAAAUAAACAUUCUGCUUAUGCCUAUUCGUUUAUUUUGGCACCAAAAUCUCAUGUCAACGUAGCCUUUGAGACACAACCAUAGCUGUAUAAACUAUCAAAAUAAGUAAAUAAAUAAAUAAUCCUCCAAAGCCUAAAUGGAUAUGAUGUUAAAACAGAGCACUACAAAAUUAUUGGUAUCCUUUAUUUUAAAAAUAUUGACAUUAUUAGACGAAAUAAAAAUCUCACACAAUAAUUCAAAUCAAACAGGAGAGAUGAGUUACCUUUCCUUUUUAUUAUUAUUAUUUUUUUGCAAAAAUCUUGGCACCC